CACCAUUACCAUGUAUCUGAAUCAGUAUUGGCGCGAUGAACGGCUCGCCUUCAAUGCAUACGGACCAUACUAUGAUGACGAUGCGGACGAUGAUGGCGUUAAUGAUGUGUUGACGCUCUCGGGAGAUUUCGCAGAAAAAAUUUGGGUGCCAGACACAUUUUUUGCGAACGAUAAAAAUAGUUUCUUACACGACGUCACCGAACGCAAUAAAUUAGUGCGUUUAGGUGGCGAUGGCGCUGUCACCUAUGGCAUGCGCUUUACAACAACACUCGCCUGCAUGAUGGAUUUGCAUUAUUAUCCGUUGGAUUCGCAAAAUUGUACAGUGGAAAUUGAGAGUUAUGGCUACACCGUCAGCGAUGUGGUCAUGUAUUGGAAACCCACACCCGUACGUGGUGUCAUGGACGCCGAACUGCCACAGUUCACAAUAAUCGGCUAUGGAACGAACGAUCGUAAAGAGCGUUUGGCAACGGGCAUUUACCAGCGCCUAUCCCUUUCGUUUAAAUUGCAACGGAAUAUUGGUUAUUUUGUAUUUCAAACAUAUCUGCCAAGCAUAUUGAUUGUGAUGCUUUCGUGGGUGUCCUUCUGGAUCAACCAUGAGGCAACAAGUGCGCGCGUCGCAUUAGGCAUAACCACCGUGCUCACUAUGACCACAAUUAGCACCGGAGUGCGUAGUUCCUUGCCAAGGAUAUCUUAUGUCAAAGCCAUUGACAUUUACUUAGUGAUGUGUUUCGUGUUCGUCUUUGCUGCCUUACUCGAAUAUGCAGCUGUCAAUUACACAUACUGGGGCAAACGUGCCAAGAAGAAAGUGAAAAAGUCCAAAGAUGGUGAUGGCAGAAAAACAGGAAAAGGCGACAAAUCCGAAACGUGUUCAACAGCCGAUGAUAUCAUCGAAUUGCAGGAUGUACGCAUGAGUCCUAUACCCUCAUUGCGUAAGGCUAACUACAAUAGCACGCUCGGCUCCAUAGGCACCGAGACUGUGGACCUGGCAAAGUUUCCACCGAGCUUUAGAAUUACGCGCAACUAUGGCACGAAUCGUACACAUUUGCGCUAUAGAGGCCAAAAAGGCAAGCCACGAAUGCUGCAUGCGCUCAAGCGAGGCGCAUCUGCCCUCAAAGCCACAAUACCAAAAAUCAAAGACGUUAACAUAAUCGACAAAUAUUCACGCAUGGUGUUCCCAGUUAGCUUUUUGGCUUUCAAUCUCGGCUAUUGGUUAUUCUACAUUCUGGAAUGAUAGCAGCUGAUGACACUUCACGCGAAAUAGGAAGAGCCCUAGUUAGUGUGUAGUGUGCGAGUAAACCAAAAAUCCUGAAUUUCCAAAUUCUCCGCAAAUCCAGGCACAAAAUCAAAAAUAAAAAAAAAGGAAAUCAAAAUCCAACCAAGUAAAUGAAAGCUUAUCCGAACAAAAUUUAAGCUAUGUGUAACGCAUAAUCAAAAGAUGACUCCAAAAUCAAACCAAAUGUGUCCCAAAAAUUUAGCGCACGAACUAAUUGAUAUGAAGAGCGUAAAAGCUAAAUAAUAAAUUAGCAAAAAGGCGAAAAAAAAAUUCAACCCAAAAUGUGACAAAUUUCCCAGAAAAAGAGCAAAAAAUACAAAAAACCAAAAUUAAUAUCAAAAGCACGAAUUCAUUAUCAGCUCAGUCAAUGUGGUUGCAGUGACUUACAAAAGUUCAAAGUGAGCCAAAAUUGAAAAACUAAAAAAUCGUAAAUGUAUUGAAAUUUAGUGGAAGAAGAGCCCUAGCCUAUGCCAUACAAACA